AUGUCGGCCGAGCAGAUCUUCACGGGCGAUCUCCGUGCUGAUGCGAAGGAGUUCAACCGCGACAAGAACUCCCGCGUCAAGUGGGCGCAUGGACAGCAGUUUGGGCCAGGGAGGCGUGAGAGCGAUAGCAAGCCUCGCCCUGCCAAGAUACUCCCUCACAUCAGGUCAUCCUCUACUGGGCCCAUGAAGGCUCGCAACGCGCUCAACAAAGACAUGGCCUCGGCAAGCGGAGAAUCCUCAGCCGACGAGGAGAUUGAGCACCCUUCGACUGCCCCAGAUGCCGAGAUUGCCUACUCGUACGACGCCCAUCGGGGACCGAACCACGGUAGCCAGAUUCUGAACCACGCGCUGGAGAAGGCGAUUGAGCGGUUUGAAACCAAGGCGACCGAUACGCUUAUCAAGAACGAGUAUGAGGUGCUAGAUAGGGAUGCCGACGACGACGCUUCUGCAGCGCGAUGCAAGCGACGCAACGUUGCUCCCGAGGACGAGGAGUACGAGUUUGUUGAUGCGUAA